CACGCGGCGCUCUCGGUCAAGAUCAGGGUGCCCGGGAUGUGAAAACUCUCGCGGGAAGAUGUGUCGUUGCCUCAGUAACCGCGUCGCGGUCCGAAAGAUGGCGGGACGAAGUGUUGGUCGUGGGAGACGCAGCGUUCCCGGGACUCCGCUCCCGCCGCGCACCCGGCGACCGGCGGCACCUGGACCGGACCUUCUCGCCAAGGAAGAAGAAUAUAAGCGUAUAAAUGCAGAAUUAGAGGCAAAAACUGCUGACCUGGUUCGACAAGCUGAGGAAGUAAUAAGAGAUCAGCAAGAGUUCCAAUCAAGGCCUAUAUCAGCACAAAUUAAGUCAUAUAAAGAAGAAAAUGAUUACAGUUUAAGAGGUCCAUUAACAUCUGAAGGGAUAGUUCAUCUACAUUCAGAAACUAAGCCAAAGACCAAAAACAUUAUUCCUGUAAACAAGGUUCAAAACCGACUACGCUCUUCAAAUAAAGGAAUGAAAGAAAAUUCAAGUGAUAAAUUGAAAUACUCUGAUGUCCAGACUGCUAAUGAUGUUGCUAUUCCAGAGGAAUUCUCAGACUUCUCUCUUGAAAAAACAGUUAGCAAAAUUGAAGGGAAACUGGAAGAAGAAGGCUUACCUGAAUAUAUAGAUGAUGAUAUCUUCUCUGGUGUUAGUAAAGACAUUGGAACAGAAGCACAGAUCAGAUUUCUAAAGGCCAAACUUCGUGUUAUGCAAGAGGAAUUGGAUAACGUUGUAUGUGAAUGCAAUAAAAAGGAGGAUGAAAUUCAGGAAUUAAAGUCUCAAGUAAAAACUUUUGAGGAAGAUUGUGUGAGACAGCAACGAACACUUAAUGUACAACAGUCUCAAAUAGAAAAAUAUAAAACUCUUUUUGAAGAAGCGAACAAAAAAUGUGAUGGAUUACAGCAACAGUUGUCUUCAGUAGAAAGGGAAUUAGAAAAUAAAAGAAGACUACAAAAACAGGCUGCCACUAGUCAGAGUGCCAUGGAAGUUCGCCUGAAUAGAGCUCUAGAAGAAGCGGAGAAGUAUAAAUUAGAGUUGAGUAAAUUAAGGCAGAAUAACAAGGAUAUAGCAAAUGAAGAGUACAAAAAAAUUGAAGUAUUAAAAUCAGAAAAUAAGAAACUAGAAAAACAAAAAGGAGAAUUAAUGAUAGGGUUCAAGAAACAAUUAAAAUUAAUUGAUGUUUUAAAAAGGCAGAAGAUGCAUAUUGAAGCUGCGAAGAUGCUAUCUUUUACUGAAGAAGAAUUUAUGAAGGCACUUGAAUGGGGAAAUCCAUGAGUAAACAUAAAUUGGGGGAAUUCAAAAUAUUUUAAGUAUCUUCUGCUAUCUUUCUUAUAACCUGCCUAGUCCUUUCGUGUUUUCACAACUCCACUUGAAAAUGUGUUCUAGAGAAUCAU